AGCUGUGCCAGCUAUGAUCAUGUUGUUUGGACCAUGGUGGCCCAAAGGCUCAUCGAAGCUCUUUAGCAUCGGAAAUCAAUGAUGGAAGAUCGAUGGUGGAAUGUUUUUGACAAGCCGGACCAUAGUGCUAGGAAAAGGGGUCAUGCAAUCAUUAGUCUGUCUGGUGAAUUCUGGUGGAGAGAUCAGAGCUGAACUGGUUUCAGUUGAAAAGUGGAAAGGGAGAAAAUGCCAGACUUUUCUGAGGAAGGGCUGGACCACUACCUACUGAAUCAAGUGAGGCUCAUGCUGCUAUGUAGUGUGUGGGUGUUGUGGUUAUCCUGUGUGUUGAUUAUGUGUAAUUGUGGUUCUGUGUGUGAGGUGGACCUGCGGCACCGUACAGUCGGCAGGCGUGUUGAGGAGGUUCUGACGGUGCUCAGAGAUCUGACCACUGAGGUCAGCAAGAAAGACGGACGCUUCCAGUCCAUCGCCCACGCUGGAGUCAACAACGAGAACAUCAAGGACCAGCCUGCCAUGGUGUCUAAAUGGGCAGCCCUCCUGAGAGGCAGAUGUUCUUUCAACCCAGCCAUCCAGGUCCUGACUUCCAGCCUGGUUUUGGUCAGUGUUCCGGUGCGGGGGUUGAUUGGAUAUCAUGAGCAUGUGGCUCGUCAAUGGAGAUACUAUUCUCUGACUGGCUCCAUUCUCCCCACUCCUGUCCGUGAGCCAGAGAAACUCCACCAAUGGCUGGAGCUGGAGAGCUUCACAAGCCCCGCCCAGGACUGGCAGGAUGCCAAAGUGUGUGUUGAGGGAGACAUUGUACCGGCCAAGGUGGUCAGUCUCUUCAGAGAACAACUAGAGACCGCCAUACUGACCUGCAGCUUCAGUGGUAAGGUCAGCAUCUUGGAGUCUGUGGGUUCGGUAGUGCGUGUUGCCAUAGAGACGGCGGAGGGUGUGAUGGAGGCAGAACUUGUUCCCACUGUGGAGCUGAUCAACUAUUGGCCGAAGAAAGCCCGCUGGCCCCGCCUUCUGCAGCGCUGGCCAACCACAGAGAGAGCUCGCUGCAUCAAGUCGUUUGGGUUUAACCUCAUGGCAACGUCUAAUUACCACUGGGUGUUGUCGUUCUCACGGGCGGAGCAGGCGUUGCUAGUGGCCGUUGAUGAGGACGGUGGUUGCCGUAGGAAGUGUUACCGUGUUGUCAGACAGCUGAAGGAGGACACCUGGUGUCCCGGCACCAAGCCUGUCAUCACAGCCUUCCACCUGCAGACUCUGUUGUUCUGGUGCUGUGAGAAGUUUCCAUGUGGGCGUGACUGGCGCUGUGUAAAGGAGUGUGUGCUGCGUGUAGCUAGGAAGCUGUUGAAGUGUGUGAGCCAGCGCUACCUGAGACACUACUUUGUCCGCUCCUACAACCUGCUGAAGUACAGUAACACCACAGAGUUAGACCACACAGCCCAGAAGAUCAAUGACUUUAUAGCCAACCCCAGCCUCUAUGUCCACUAAACACUGAUUAUUAACACCAAUUCUAGCAUGAUGUUUUUAUUUCUAUUAUUCUUGUCUAUCCUAAUGUUGCAAACAUAAAAUUAAUACAAGGUUGUGUUCAGUAGGGCACAGCCUACCAAAACAUUUGUAGCAGUAGCUUUUUACUUAGUCAAAUUCCUGUACAUGCAAAUGUCUUUGGUGAAUAAAGAUGAUUCUGAUUCACAGCAUAGCAAAACAUUUUGCAUGAGGUAAUGAACAUCCUUAUUG